UGGUUACCACCAGACCUAAUCACAAGUGAGAUUAGGUCUGGCGAGUCACUAUUCUAAAUUCCGUAGGGGGGUGUGGUUUACGAUUGUCGGCGGCCAAUCAUGUCAGUUGUGCCCUGUGACGUGGUUAGAGUGACGAGGAAGACGAGGAAAGAAGAAGAUGACAGCACAACAGAUGGUAUCCAAGGAGACGACGCUAUCAUUUCCCCCCCAACGAAAAAUGAAAACCAAAAACAACAUGAUUAGGCCUACACAAUGGCACCAAACGAUUUCUGCCGUUUAUGUAAAAUAAAUCUGAGAGAAGCUGGACCCAAUGCGUUUAGACAUUCUUCCGACAUAUUUAAAAAAACAACGAGCAUAUCGGAAAGGUUAGCGUUGUUAGGUGUGCUUGUCCUCCCUGAUGUCACACAGUCAGCCAGAUGCUGUCAGCGUUGCUCGUUGGUCCUUACAAGACUUGAAAAAGACUUGCCAAUAUUCAGACAAUGGGAGCAGGACUUCCGAGACAGCGGCACUUCCAAACGGCAACGUGAGUCCACGCCUACAAAGACUCUGAGGGAUUUUAAGAAGACCUGUCCAAAUCCACCGAGUCCACAGGCUAGAUUGUCGGGGGGAACAACCGAGGUGUCCGGUGCCAGCUUGACCGCUCAAACAAUAACACAGGUAACAAUCAAAUAUCCUUCACAAACAGUGACAAGGGUUUGCGAUCCUGAAGAAGAUCCCAUCGUGAAAUUCAUAGCACUGAAGAAAUGGAAAGAGGCUGGCAAGUACAUCAUGAAACACAAACACCUGCAGGAUGAGGUCAAAGAUGGGGUCAAGAGGCUGCUUCUUCAAGAAUGUGACAUGCUGUGCGCACCCAAGAACGAUUUCAUGUUGUGGAAGUGUUCACCGGCCGACCUGAAGUCAUUCUCGUUCCACCAUCUUAUAGAUGACCUCCAUCGCCUUGCCCCCUUUUUGCUUUCAAUUUUCACCUGCAUCAGCAAUGGAAACAACUUUGCAGGCUGCUCUGCUGCAGCCAUUGCUUUAAGAGGCAGAAAGCCCCAAAUGGCAGCGUUCUCAUAUUGGAUAAACACCAUUCUCCAGUAUGGUGGAGCCAAGAAGUCUGUCUUUAAUCGACUCAGCCAGUUAUCCAUUACCACGUGUCACCGAACAGCAACUGUAAAACAACAUCAAUUGGCGCAUGGCUGUGGGGCAGACUUCUUAGAAUUUCAACGUGGCAUGCAAACAGACAAAAACUCUCCAGCUCCCAUAUGUGAGGACAGCCAUGAGACCUGCCCGUCACCAUAUUCCAUUAUUAUGGAUAAUCUGGAUUUUUUCAUCCACACGCGGAACCAAUCCAUCAGCCGCAGCAACCAGAGCAUACACUGGAUAAACCACAUUGCAGUGAAAGACCGGAUAUCUACAGACAUCUCCAACAUCAAACCAACAGUUAACAUUGAACAAUACAACCUCUGUCUAUCACUGCCAUCGAGGAGCACACAGGUUUUCCUGCGCCGUGAAUUAACUGUCCUUGCCACUAGAAUGCUAGCCAAGCAUAUGCCAGUGUUUGAAAGCUUUCAAGACACCGUUGUGCACCAUAUUCCUCAUGAAUACUCCAGUGAAAUGUCCAAACGGUCAACUGAUUUUCCCUUAGGCCUCCUAUUCAAAGACGAGAACAAGAAAGGUGACUUGUUGGAAGUCUUAAGACUAAUACAGCAAGAGUAUAUGCCGAAAGAUCCUGCUGGGGCACAACACUUGCUCAUAGGAGGGGACCGCCUUACAGAGGCAAACUGCCGCAACACACAGUGGCAAUUCGCAGACGCCUACGAUGAGAAGAAACGAAUGGAGGGGAUGCAUUUCAAAUUUGAGGAUUGGCAUGCCAUUCGAGUUAUGUUUGAAAUUCACCACAAGAUCUUCUUCAAGGAGUCUGCCAAGGACCAUGGCACUUUAUAUGCCAACAUGACGAAGCUGAGGUGCAGCACUGCCAAGAGUGGUCCACGUUCUGCGUUCAACGCUUACAGGGACUUCGUGAUCAAGGACACGACUGCCUUGUUCCUGGCUGCUGUGAUGGAACAUCUUGGUCUCCAACACGUCACAGACUGCCCAGAGUCCCUCAUACCACAACACAUCAAGGAGGCCUCUCCAGAAGACAGAAGGACCUGGCUGGACUACCUGGUUGUUGAGGUCGUGGACAAAUAUGUCUUGCUCCCUGACAUCGAAGAGGUUGCAGAGGCUGCCAGUAAAGAACUGUCUGCUACAUCCAUUCAGAAGAAUGAAUUCCCAUGUCGGAUGGAGGGUUGCUCGAGAAUGUUCACAUACCCCAAAAGUCGACAAUCCCACGAGCUAAAGAUGCACAACCUGACCAUGCCAACAGAUGCUACGCCAACCAGCCACACAGACAUUGACCACCGGUUUGAACACAGCACUGCCAGACUGGGUUUUGGCUUCAUUCUGCUGGACUUCUUGGAUGCAGUGAAGGAAGGGGACGGCGAAAGACUGAUGCGUCUGUACAGAAUUGCCCUGUUAUUUUACAAGGCAUAUGGACACACCAACUAUGCGUACAGCACAUUUCUACUUACUGUGCAAUUGAAUGCCACCUUCUCUCCACAAGUUGCACACAGUGUAAAGUGGAACAGGUUUUGGAACAACAGAGGAGGCAUGGGCAGGAACAUACCACUCGAUCUGCAUCUGGAACACCUCAAUGGGUUCCUGAAGUCAUUCCUGAAGGGACUGGGACCUAACUUGAACGAGGUGUCAGCUGCAAGGAUCAGCAGAUCCAUUGGUGUGUACAAACAGAUGAUGGAGAACACCGAUUCGGAGCUGGGCAUAUCUAGGCCAAGUGGUUCCCACCACAUUGAUAUGACGAAUGACAUUCUCACCUUGGUGGAGACCAUGCAAGAGACAAACCCCUUCAAAGAAACGCCAGGUCGAGCAUAUGCUGCCUUCCCUGGCUUCCGCAGGCAGAUUUUGACAAAGCUUUGUCACAAAGCACUUUGGAAGUGGAUGAGAGACAAAGUGAAUGAUUGGCGGGGUGCCCCAUUGUAGACAUUGGCAACGUGCCAGCGUUUGUAACUUUGUAACUGAUUUUUUUUUUCCCUGAUGAAAAUUUGAAUUACUGGUCACCUUCUUGCACUGCCAUCUGUUGUCUGUAUACUUGCACCAGCAUUCUAUCACUUGUGUACUUCAAGUUUGCAUAGUCCUUGUAGCAUUGUAGUGUUUUAUUAUUUAUAUCAUUUUAUAAAUGUAUAGUAUUACUGUUACGUUAUGUAUAGAGAGCCCUACAGUAAAAUUCCAUUGACAAUAAAAUGUCUUCU